UGCCCGAACAUUGCUGCGCUUGGCGAUCGGUUGCUGUGCUGUCAGCCGCAUCUGCUUGCACCCAUUCUCCUCCAGCGAAGAGUUCCCUCUCGUGCAGCUUGGCUCCUGCUGCUGCUCCGCCAUUCAUGGAGGGACUCGCCAGAGCAAUGCUGCCACCAAGGCGCUUGCUUACACCAGAGUACCAUCGCGUUUGUCAGAGUGCUUAUUCAAGGCCUAUCUACGUUUGCCACCUUGAUGUGCGAAGAUUGAAGCCGUGGGAUGUCACCGCGAAGAAGACUAGCUAACUACUCAAGUCGGGUCACUGCGUAGCUUAGAUGGCGUCAUCUUCAACACCGAUCUUCCCGGUCCAGCCGAUGCCCUCGUUCGAAUCGUUUCAAGGCUUCGAAGAAGCUACGUUGAGGGUCAAUCCUCCCAGGUCAGCCAUCCCCGCUAGCGUUAAAAAAUGCUGAGAGAUAAGUUAUAUGUGGGGUUGCUGACAGCGUCGUUUUGUUUUCAGCGUUGUUUUCGACAAUCACUCUGAUCCAGUCUCAACUCUUGUUAAAGUGGAUAGCGCAAACAAGCAAGGCUGCCUGCUUCAGGUCGUGCAGCUUCUAACCGACCUUGAUUUUAUCAUUUCCAAAGCUUACAUUUCUUCAGAUGGUGGAUGGUUCGUUGACGUCUUUCAUGUGGUGGACCAGCUGGGGCAAAAGGUGAUCGACGAAAGCGUGAUUGGAUUUAUUAAGAAGGCGCUGGGUGCUACCAAAGAACAUCCCGUUCCUGAUGCAAAGACCUGCCUAGGAAAGCCUGUCGCUGACGCAAUAGACUUCGAGCAUUCCGUCAUAGAGCUCACAGGGUAUGACCGCCCUGGGCUUCUCUACGAGGUGUCGGAAGUGUUGACUAAACUGGGAUGCAAUGUGGUGGGAGCAGAAGUCUGGACGCACAAUAACCGUGUGGCUAUUGUCGUUCACAUUACGCAAGCGGUCAAAGGUGGACCUGUCAGCGACCCUGCUGUUCUGGCCGAAAUGAAUGACAGACUUUGUUCUGUGAUGGAAUCAGACAGCACCAGAAUCGAGGCUCGCCACAGUUAUUUUGUUGGGGAGGCCCAAACAGACCGGAGGCUGCAUCAGCUGAUGUUUGCAGACAGGGACUAUGAAGCUGCUGGGAUGAAUAUCUUCCCCACAGGUGCCGGGGACGAGAAACUUAAUCCAAGUGUUUCUGUGGGAAAUCUUACUGGGUCGCAGUACACCAUAAUUAAGUUGACCUGCCUGGACCGACCGAAGCUUCUGUUUGACACGGUCUGCACAUUGACGGACAUGCAGUACAUCAUUCACCAUGCCACGAUCGAGUCAGAAGACGAUGUGGCGUUUCAGGAACUUUACAUCAGAACCAUGGACGGCUCCAUGCUGGACACUGAGGCUGAGAGGGAGCGGGUUGUUAAAUGCCUUGAAGCAGCUAUUCUGCGUCGCAGCCCAAAAGGUAUAUGCCUGGAUCUCUGCACUGGUGAUAGGGUUGGUUUGCUGUGUGAUGUCACACGGGUUCUCCAGACGCACAACCUAUCCAUCACGGCGGCUAACAUAUGCACGCGUUGGGGGAAAGCGGUCAACGAGUUCUACGUCACUGAUUCGGCCAAUCGCCCUGUUGAUUUCAGCAUCAUUGAGGCCAUUCGUGAGGAGAUUGGCCCUGAGAUGCUGACCAUUCGUAAUGUGGCACCUCCCAUUUUCAGCUCGUCAUCGCCGCCUCAGGAGGAGUCCUCUUUUUCUUUCACCAGAUUGUUUCGCUCUCUUUCUCUAGGGCUGUCUAGGGAAAAUCAGAGCAAGCGAGCUCCACUAUCAUCUAGCCUCACAUAAAGGUGGUUGUGUGGAUAUGUUUCCGAAAGGCCAACAGCCGUUGGCCCAUGACCGGAAAUCGAUGUAUAUAAUGUUCUAACAAAGGCAUAUAAAAAGGUGGCUUCCCC